UUCACUCCUGCCCUCUCAAAUGCUUUUUUCAUCCCGCAUUGCCUUUGCUCCUUCGAUUCUGAUUUUUCCCACAUCAAGUUCACCUCAGAAUCGUUUAGAUUAGCCAUCUCCCCCACCUGUUCGAUUAAUUGUUUGGGUUAUGAUUUAUUGAGACUACGUUCAUUUAGCAAGGAAAGGAAAGGAUGUCGAACAUACCAAUGAUUUGCACAUGACACAUUAAUGUGGUCAUAUUAGAUCACUGGAUCUUUAUUGAACAGAUGAUCCUGUAUUCCUAUUCACUUGUGGUGCCUUUCGAAACGCUAGGCUCUGUAGCAGAAUUAUAUUAAUUAGGAUAUGGAUGUGUGGCUCACAAAAUUGGCUCCGCAGCCCAUCUAAUGCCACUGAAUUUUUGUCUUCAAUUGAUACCUAGUUUUAGUAGCCAAAGAAAAUUGUUCGUUGUAGUAAAUUUGAGAUGAAAAAGAUCAAUGAUAAUGUAUCCUAUGUUUUAUAGGUGGUUUGCCAACGGCUACAAAAAGGUUGGGCAUAUCUGCCCAAUUAAAAACUCCUCCCCAAGAGCGUAAUACACACUGAAUCCAAAAUAUGUAAAACAUUUACAAUGAUCUCCAUUGGCCAAUCUCAAAAUGCCUCGGACUUUAUAUACCAAGAAAUUGGAGUUAGUCAAUCCACUUUUUAGAAUUAGAAUAUACUAUUUUGCUCCACUCGAACCCUCACCCUCAUCCUUCAGCCUAUCCGAAGAACCUAGAAGAAUCAUGGCCUCAACUAAGUCGGUCUACAGAGUGUAGCGGUAAAAGAUUCAGAUAUGAGUAGUCCGAUUCAUAUGUCAUAUAUAAUUAUGCACCUUGUAGAGUGUCUAAAUAAAACCUAUCGUGGAAAUGAGUUUUCUAUGUGCCCAUGAGAUGACAUUCAUGGUCAUGCAUGCGUGAGCCACAUGAAAUGUUUACGAGUCAUAGCUAUUGUGACCACGACCAUGUGGCACCACCACAACGGAGGCGGCCCCAAAGACAGAUGCGUGGCAGUGAAGCAAAGCGGACCACGACCCAUCUCGUUGCUUAAUCCUAACCGAGCAAUCCAAGGUGAGGUUUUUGCUUGGGUUUGUAGGAGAAGAGAGGAGAGGAGAGAGAGAGAGAGAGAGAGAGAGGGAGGAAGAUGGGGAGAAUUUUUAUGGUGGAGUUGGAUGGGAGGGUCUACCGCUGCCGAUUCUGCCGAACCCAAUUGGCUCUCAUAGAAGAUCUCAUCUCCAAGUCUUUCCAUUGUCGUCAUGGGAAGGCGUACCUGUUCAAUCAUGGCACAAAUAUCUCUGUCGGAGACGAAGAAGAGAGAGUGCUGUUUUCUGGAAUGCACACCGUAGCUGACAUUUUCUGCUGCUGCUGUGGACAAAAUGUUGGUUGGAAAUACAUGAUGAUCUCAAAGCUGUUGGAAGUCAAUUUUAUAUGCGGGCUAACACAUUGUAACCGGGUGGUCGCACAAGAGAAGACCCCAAAAGUACAAAGAAGGAAAAUUCGUCUUGGAAAGGUAACUCUGUGGUUGUUCCAAGAUUUGAUUCUGUUAAAUCUGCGGGGAGGAAUUGAUGGGCGGGCUACCUCGACAUUUUGCAGGGGUAGAAUAGCUGAUGGAACUGACUUGGAGUUCUACGUCGAUACCCGUCCGAGCGGGAGUGAUGCUGAUGACAGUUAGGAGAGCUCCCUGUGGCUUUGACUUCCUCAUGGUUUGGCAUUGCUCUCCUUGGUGGUAUAAAUAUAUGUAGUAGUAGUACUAGUAGUCGUAGUAGUAGUAGUAGUAGUAGUAGUAGUAGUAGUAGUGUGCGAUGUUUUGACGUGGAUCAGCUCAUAAACUAUUUUGAUGUUGAAUUUAUGUUCUUGGGUUUCA